AUGAUCGCUUCCUUCCAGCUCUUGACGGGCCUCUUGGCCCUGACCACGUCAGCGGUGUCUAGUGUUGUUCAGCCGCGGUCCAUCACACCCCCCGAGGGCUGCCCAAUCCCUACAUGGGUCGUCAACAACUUCCAAUGGCACAACGCCUCUCACAGUCUAGACUGCGUGCACCAUCCCUACGACUACCCCGAGGCUUGUCUGUGUGGUUCAGGCUGGUGCAAGCCUGACCCUGCCACCUGCAACGGCACAAUGGUCAACCCAUGCUACACCGGCAUGCCGAACUAUGAACCGUGGGGCUACGGACCCCUGGAGACUCUCGAUAUCGAUUUCGCCGAUGGCUUGCAAUGCCACGAUCAAUACAUUGGCUACCGCAUUCAUGAUAUCGGCAACGGCGCUAGCAACUGCGGUUACGCCGACCGAGGUCAGGGACGCAUUGUGUCCUUCUACGGCACGUCGAACCUUGAUUCUUCGAUCGGUCACAUGGACUAUGUUCUGGGUAGUGGACAUGCCCUGACCUGCGCCAAUGGCAGUUCCAUUACUUAUUCGGGGAGCGUGGACUUCCCGCUGACCUGCACUCACGAUGCGUACUUUAAUGCCACUUGCACAGCACCUGUUUUCGAGAUUCCCGUCUUGAGCUAUCAGUGGGUUUAA